AUGAUGAGUCGUUUUUCUUUCACGGCUGCUGCCUAUCAUCCCUUUGCCGUUCGAUUCUCAACUCAACUAUACGGCAGAAGGGUGGCUGGCAGGAGGGAUGGGGAGGAAGAGGUCGGGGGGAAGGGCCAGGAGGGGGGAGGGGGAAAUGUAUUACUGUACACAUACAUUGGAGCGUGGAGCGUGGGGAACCCAGGGAACUCUGGAUGGGGAGGAGGGGGAGGGUGUGGGAGGGUGGGGGAGGGGGGAGGGUGGAGUGAGUCUCUGCUAGUCUGCUUUGACACCCUGCCCUCCUGCUCUGCUGCUCUCAUGCACUGUUGCUUUGCUGCUCUCCUUCUUCUGCGCUUCUUCGACCAUCAUCUCGCUCGUGAAAGCCUUUGUUUCCAUUACUCGCUCAUCCCCCCAGCUUUUCCCCUUCCCGUGUCUCUUUUCUCUCUGCCCCGCUGCUUCCCCUCAUUACCCCUCUCCAUAUAUCUCCUGGUGGCAGGCGCAAUCCAGUCAGAGGCGAAGGUGUUCACAGUGGGAGGCAGUGGGCUCAGUCCGUGGGGAUUCGGCGUGAAGAGAUGGAAGCCAAAGGGAGUCAUUCACGCAGGGGACACUCUCCUGUUCAAGUGGACGGGCGUCCCGCAUGACGUGUGGAUUAUGAACUCCAUGGACGCGUACAACAACUGCAACUUCGGGGCGGCCACCAAGAAGACCGGCAUCACCAGCGCCGGGAAGUUCAAGUACAAGGUGCCAGCUUCAGCCAAGGGCACAUCCAUUCUCUUCUCAUGCAGUGUGCCUGGGCACUGCUCUGCGGAUAACAUGAAAGUGGCAGUACCAAUCCACGCUUGA